AUGGACUUGGGCCCAGCCCAAGUGAAGAUGGCUCCAGGGAAACGAGGCAAGGGCAAGGGUGGCCCGGCGCCGGCGGCCGCGGCCGCGGCGAGCGCCGCUGCCGGCGGCGAGGAGUUCCCGGGCUGCCUCCGCCUGAUGCCGCCGUCCACCGUCGCCAUCUCCGUCCACGCCAAGCCCGGCUCCAAGAUGGCCACCAUCACCGAGAUCGGGGAGGAGGCCGUCGGGGUGCAGAUCGACGCGCCGGCGAGGGACGGGGAGGCCAACGCCGCCCUCGUCGACUUCAUCAGCUCGGUACUCGGGGUGAAGAAAAGAGAGGUGUCUAUUGGCUCCGGUUCGAAAUCGAGGGAGAAGGUUGUGCUAGUGCAGGACGUGACACUCAAAGGCGUCUUUGAGGCCUUGAAGAAGGCGUGCGGCCCUUGAUGAUGUAUGUUGUUAACCGCGAGUAAUAUAACUUGGCUGAGCAGAGUGUAUCAGCUGAACCAGCGGUCUUUCUCCGGUAUAAAUCGUGGUGAGAUUGAACCCCGUAAAAAGGCUGAAAUCUUGGACACGGCCAGUCUUGUCCCUGAGACCGUGACGGGGAACUGCUCUUUUUCUGAAUCAGAAGAAAGAGUAACUGAGGUGUAUGUAUAGUUUGCAUGGAUAGGCCGAGCCUCUGUAUCUCUGCUUGACAUAUGCUGUUCUGAGUCCGAAAGUGCAAUCAAUGCAAAUCCUGAAACAAGUC